CAGGAAAAUCUCAUUCGUGCCGCGACUCCCGAGUUGUACGCAUCGAGGAGCAUCGCAAAGUUUUUUUUCAUUUCCACAUUUUUCGAUCGAUCUUUUCCCUUCUUCGGCACGUCUCGAUACGAUACCAAUCGGGACUGACACUUUUACAAUUACAUCACUUAUUGUUGACCGAAUAAUAAUAACAAUAAUAAUAAUUACGUCAAUAUGAGGUUUGCCGGCUUAAUUGUUGUGGCGUUGUUUUACAUCGCCGGAUUGCACGCCAGCGAAGAAUUCGAGCAUGAAGAAGGCGUUCUCGUUCUUACCAAGGAAAACUUCGAUAAAGUACUAGAGAAAUACGACUAUGUACUUAUCGAAUUUUAUGCGCCAUGGUGCGGUCACUGCAAGCAACUUGCUCCGGAAUAUGCUAAAGCUGCCAAGACUCUUGCGGACAAGGACUCCCCGGUGAAAUUGGCUAAAGUUGAUGCGACUAAAGAAGGCAAACUUGCCGAAGACCAUGGAGUACGAGGAUACCCCACUCUUAAAUUCUACCGCAAACCCAAUUUCAUUGAAUACACCGGCGGACGACAAGCUGAUGACAUUGUUGACUGGAUUGAAAAAAAGACUGGACCUGCCGCCAAAACUCUUACUACCGUUGCAGAAACUGCUGAACUUGUUGAAUCCAAGGAUGUUGCCAUCGUCGGUUGCUUCAAGGAUCCUGAAUCUGCCGCUGCUAAAGUUUACUUGGAAGUUGCAAGUGCAAUUGAUGACCAUGUUUUCGGUAUUUCAAGUAGCCAAGAAGUAUUUGACGAAUACAAGGCUAAAGACGGACAAGUUCUCUUGUUCAAAAAGUUCGACGAAGGCAAAUCAGUUUAUGAAGAAGAACUCGAGCCAGAGCAAUUGAAGAAAUUCAUCAGCGUACAAUCACUCCCGCUACUUGUUGAUUUUAAUCACGAGACUGCCCAAAAAAUAUUCGGAGGGGAUAUCAAGAGCCACUUGUUGGUAUUCUUGAGCAAGAAGGCUGGCCAUUUCGAGAAAUACAGCGAUGCCAUUAAGGAACCGGCAAAGGACUACCGUGGCAAGAUUUUAUUCGUUACGAUAAACGCUGAUGAGGACGAUCACGAAAGAAUAUUGGAAUUCUUCGGUAUGAAGAAGGAUCAAGUGCCAUCGAUGCGCAUAAUAAAACUUGAAGAAGACAUGGCGAAAUACAAGCCCGCGAAGCCGGAACUGACGAGCGAAAACAUCAAAAACUUCGUCGACGCCGUCCAAGGAGGAACAAUCGAACGCGAUUUCUUGACUCAAGACUUACCCGAAGAUUGGAACAAGAACCCGGUCAAGGUUUUGGUUGGCAAAAACUUUGCAGAAGUCGCGUUCAACAAAGAAAAAGACGUACUCGUAGAAUUCUACGCUCCAUGGUGCGGCCAUUGCAGACAACUCGAACCCAUCUACGAUGCUCUUGGUGAGAAAUUCAAGGACCACGAGACCAUUGUGAUCGCAAAAAUGGAUGCUACAGCAAACGAACUCAAGGAAGUCAAAGUUGAAAGCUUCCCCACGAUCAAGCUGUACAAGAAAGACGACAACGAGGCUGUCGACUACCUUGGCGAGAGAACUCUGGAGGGUCUUACCCAGUUCCUUGAAAGUGGUGGAGUUUAUGGCCAAGGUGCUGCCGAAGUACAAGAAGAGGACGAGGACGACGAUGUACCGAGAAAAGACGAGCUUUAAAUUAAGCAAUGUAACCAACUAAAACGAACCGUAAAAGCGCAAAACUCUUCAAUGUCGGUUUAAAUAUCUUUCUAAAUACUCGACAUGAAUGUUGAACUCGUCCCUCUCGGACUAGACCGCGCAAUUUUUUUACGUCGAAUAUAAUAUUAACAAAGAAAAUAAAACAGUUUACAAGGCGUCCGAACUUCCAGGGAAAGUAUUCCACAUCAAUUCGUUCCGCGAGCGUCUGUGUAACGAGAAUUAAAAACUCAAGAAAUCCAGGGAUUUAUAAGUUAUUUUUAUUAUUUUUGCUUAUUUUAUUAAUAAAAUAUUAUUUUCGAAGCAAAUAACAAUUUCGAAUCCCCGGUUUUUUCGAGAGUCCUGGGAUUUUUUCCAUUCCUGUUCAAAAUCGAAAUUCGAGAAACAAUACAUUCGUUCGAAUUGAGAAAAAAUAAUUGAAAAAGUGAGAAAGAGAGAGAGAGAGAGAGUGAAAGAGAGAAAAUGAUAAUUUUUAUUUUUAUAAGAUAGUUGAGACUUAUUUUUUCUUCUUCGGUGUUUUUUGCAUUUCCACAAUUCUCUUAGUUAGUUAUAGCUUAAAGAACAGAAAAUAGAAUGGCACAAUUCGAUUUUUUGUCUUCAUGUUAUUUUGUUCAUUUUCUAUUCCAUCUAGUGGCAUUUAACUUAGAGAAAAAUCGACACACACACACACACCUAAGAAAAAAAGUUGACGAGAAAAAAGAAAUCUGAAAAUAAUUGGUUGUCUGACAAGCAAGCUGCUGCAGCCAGGGAUCAAAUUUGUCAUCCCCAUUCUGACUGACUGAAAUACUUCAAGGCAGUGCAAUGAAUUACAUGCGUGAAUAAAUCUGUGAAAUCAUGGGUGACCUUUCAUUCUCAUGUCUUAUAUAUUUUUCUCUACGUAUAUAAUGACAUGCAUGUAUAUGUAUAUGUAUAUCAAAAAAGAAAUUAACGAUAUUAUUGUA